UUCGUUCCUAUCGCUGGACCGUGUGCAUGUUGUUGUGAUUCGCCCCUUGCCUUGGCAAACAACUUAACAGAAAUAUGACACAACAACAUAGCCGCAAGCAACCUUUGUCCAUUGCAAUCAUCGCGCUUUUAGCGGCCACGUUGCAUCAGAGCUUUGCUGCCACUGACGCCCCGCCCACGGCUGCCUCUCAAACCACGUCUCCGCCUCCUGCACCCCCGGGUCGGCCCGAGAGAGGCAACUACACUGUAACCAACGGCAAUGGGACCGCCUGUCUGAUGGCCCGCAUGGGACUGCAGCUCAAUGUCCGCUUCAGCUCUGCCUCUCUCAAUAAGACUGUGCUGGAUGUGGUGAACCUGCAGCCCAAUGUGACUAAGAGCUCAGGGUCAUGUGACUCGGACAGCGCCACCCUACUGCUGAAGGCUGACGAGGAGACAACCAGCCUCACCCUCGUCUUCUCCCUGAAUGCCACGUCCAGUAAGUACCACCUCAGUGGAGUGACUCUGUCGGCAGCCUGGCCGGACAUGCGUGUGCACUUCUCAGCCAGUAACAGUAGUCUGGACUACCUGCGUGGUACCCUGGGGCGUAGUUACAUGUGUCGUGAGGAGCAGACUCUGGCUGUGACUGUGAACUUCUCUCUCAACACCUUCCAGCUGCAGGUGCAGCCCUUCGGCAUCACCGGGGACCAGUUUGGAGCAGCGGAGGAGUGUCAGCUGGAUGAGGAUAACAUGUUGAUCCCCAUCAUCGUGGGCGCUGCGCUUGCUGGCCUGGUCCUCGUCGUUCUCGUGGCCUACCUCAUCGGCAGGAAGAGGAGCCACGCUGGCUAUCAGACCAUCUAAAAUCACUUCCUGUCAACUGAACCCCCCCCCCCCCCCCCCCAAUAGCCAGAGAGCGCAAGCCCGCCUCAUCUCACCCUCCAGCUACUGACAUCACCUGGAUUGGCUGAACCUCACUGCGACCCUUAAACUGAACUUCCUUAUCCCCAUUCAGUUGGUCUCAUCUUAGAAGCCUUGCUGCCCCAUCCUCCCCUCUGAACUCUCUCACUAGCUCCACGUUGGGUAUCCAUGGGGUUGAUAUGCGCUUUCAGGACUGAACUGCUCCUUUGUAUGAAAAAAAAAAAAAGUGGGAAUCUGCUGAGUGAUUUGUAUUUACAUAACGAAACACUCUUGACAGUAGAGCUUUUCACGGAUCCACCUAUACCCGAGACCUGAUCCAGAAUUCAAAAUAAUGUCACGAGUUGAAUCUGAACUGAUUAUCACGGGUAGGCCUACAUGUAACUUUAAUUUACUUGUCUGGAAGAGCCCGUACAGAUCCAAACGCGACUGCUACAGUAGAGAGAAAUGUAGUAAUUUAUGCUGCUGCUCUAGCAUUUCACGAGAGUGGCGUUUGUUGUUGGCUUUGAUAACUUAUGAUUGGCCACAAUAGGCUAGUCAUAGAGCCUUCCUGUGUGGCAAAAGUUAUGAGAUAUAUAAUUAAAAGUUAAAGGAGAAGGAUGGGCUACAACGACCAUAGUCUGAAUGGCGUAAGUGUAAGAUGAGAAAGCGUAUGCACUGCAGCCUCAGUUAGCCUAGCUCGCUAAUAUUAGCUAGCUUAAUUAGCUUCUCCCGGUUUGAUGCAGUCAAGCCUGAUACUACGUAAUCGUAUUUGAUAAAUCAUUUAGCUAUGGCAGCUAUUAAUCUACUAUAGCACGAGUCGGCUUGGUUGGUUGCUGUCUCAUCUCUCCCUCACUCGCUCACAGUACGGCCCCUCCCCCACCUGCUGGAGCGGCUCCAGUUAAAGUAGCUUUAAAGAAAAAAAAAAAUCUGUUGCUUCCCUCACUCGGAUCUGACCAGGUCUAUACGGAACGGGUCUUGCUGUCUCUGGGUCCGUUCGGGAAUGCAUCUCUGACUAAAAAAUUCAACAUUUAUUUAUACAUAUCGGGUUCGAUUAGGGAAAGCCCAGGUCCAUUUUGGAACAGGUCCAGCUUUUUGGACCUGUGAAGACCUCUACUUGAGACACCAUCACUCAACAUGGCGGGGGGUGGGGUGGAGUUCUCAUAUAACCAUAUGCUGAAUAAUAAUCCACACUCUGCUAUUUGUAGCCUAGGGUCUCAUCAUGCUUACAUUUUACUGGUGUUUGACAGGAAUUCUGAGGGAUUGUUUGUGUACAACCAUUGCUGCUGCCGUUUAAUGGCUACUUCUCUGUUUUGGUUGGUGGCCAUUUUGUCAGUCACAUCAUAAUAGGAGGCCGUUGUUACUCCUGUGUAAAGGGAAUAUUAUGACUGUCGCUGGCUGCUCCAACCAAACUUGUUGCUUAAGGUUUUCAACGUCAUUAAACAUAAUGAAGUUUUAACUCUGAAUAUAAUAUGGAGUUGAUGGAAGUUGCCCCCUAACCCAAGUUCGAUGGUCAGAUAUUUUUGCAUUCACCUAAUGGUUAAGGCUAUGAUUUGGGGCUGGGAAAUCUGAUCCUAGAUCUGUGGUCAGGGGGUAAGCUGGGUACCAGCGGCAGUUUUUUGAGAAUGGUGUUUCUUAAUCCAUCUCUUAGGGGUCCCCUAGUUGGACAUUUUUGUGCACCUUCUUGGGUUCCUCUUGGACUGGUUUGAGGAACAAGGGUAAAGGUAAUUUGAUGGUGAAGCAGUUGAGGUCUGCAUACCACCGUUUUAUAGUUACAUUUAUUAAACGGCGCUUCAUGGUCAAUACGACAUCUGCAUUGGCUGUGCAGCAUUUACGGUGAUACGGCCUCUGCAGAAGUCAGGGCAUUCGUACUUGUUGUGCUUCAUGGAGCAAAGCAGAGCUGUUAAGGAAGUGAUGCUAUACGGAGCCCUCCGCAUUGUUACAACAUUUGAGAGGCAUGGUCAUGUGGUACGGAGCUUGAUUUGGCCUCUGCAUGCUUCAAAAGGCUCCACAAUUGGUUCACACCCUCCAUACGAAGCCUCUGAUCACAUUUGCUGACUAAGCAUAAAUUGGCUUUAAGAUGGGGUGAUAUUUUUUUUUUUCUUCUUGGGUGGUUGUACUGAUGGUACGUCCAGUGAUACACUAAGGGGAUGGUUGUUACAGUUGAAUUUUAUGGUGCUUACAAAUGGCUAACACUAACUCAAAAUGCACCUAUGUAUCUUGGAACACUUUAGUGAAUAGUCACAUUUAUUAGGUGGUUUUCUCAAGUUAGAAUUCAAGAUAUUAGUUUAAAUUAUUCUGUUGGAGUUACUGUCAAAAGAACAGCACCAUUUUAGGGAGGACAUAAUUUCUCCACUCCAAAAUAAUGUUAAGCCAAAUGGAAUCUGUGCCUCCCCACUUACAAGAAGGAUGGGAUCUAUGCUAAUGUUCUAGAGUUACUCGCACUCUAAUCUGUCUCAAUGACACCCUAUUCCCCAUGUAGUGCAUAUCUUAGUUGGGUGUCAUUUGAGUCAUAGCCUUUUGUCUCUACACGGCGUUACCACAGAACAAUGAGACAUAUUUCACCGGAUGUAUAAAUGGCUGUGGUCUAUCUUGGUUUAGUUAUAAAGAUCUUUGGCGUCUUUCUUAGAUUUUGCCUUGCCUGUUGAAUGAUCAGAGGAUGCAUUAUUUGGAGUAAUGAAACUGCAUUUUUGUUCCACCCCUCAUCUAGAAGUGUUAUUAUCCAUAGGUAGUGAUUUAAUAUGGCUUUACGAAUGUUUUAAUUGUUUUAAGUGUAGUGGUCAAUAAAAUAUAAGCUGAAGGAAUGA